UCAAUUAUAAUAUUGUUUUUUUUUUAAAUUAAAUUUAAUACCAAUUGAUAUUAAUCGGUAAUUAUCGGUAAUUAAUUUGUUUUUGGACAUCAUCUGCAAGUCAUGCAGUCAUUAAUUAUAAGUAGUAGUAGUAAACAGACAAACAAUAUUUGUUGUCAUUGUUUGUCGCGACUACUGAUGAUUAAGAAUAGAUGGACACAAACAACAACCACUAGACAACAGUUGAGGUCAUUGUCCACUAAAUGGCCAGAAGCUACCGAUACGGUCAUAAAACAACAGCCGAAGAAAGGAGGCGGUGGAGGAGGAAAACAGCCUAAUCUAAAGCCCAAACAAUUUCCCCGAUUGUUGAAAGAUUUGGACAGAUUUGAUAAGAAGCUGUCGGCUGCGGCUGCGAAAAAUUUGCGAUCAAUCGGUACCGGUCUAACAGAUUUGGACAUUGUUACCGCUACCGAAAUGGGUACCGACGAGGCCAGCUUUGAUUUGCUCGAGAGUUCUGCCGGCGUAUCCGACUAUAGUCUGGAUCAAUGGUUGGACACCGAUCUGAAUGUUUUGGCUCCCGAAGUCGAGGAACAACAGCUGUUUGUCGAUGACAUUGAUGUCGAUGGCGGCGCCGCCAAAAGUGAUACAAAAAGUGACAAGAAAUCAUCGAAAACGAAAAAACAGUCAAAGAAUUCUAUAAAACAGGAAGAGAUUCGCCGACAGCUAAAGGAUAUGGAUUUGAUGUCCAAGUCGUCGAGUCUGAGAUAUGCACUGAAAAGUUAUCUCUAUUCAUGUAUUUAUGCAGAUAUGGUACCGAAAGCUCAUUCAGUACUACUAUACUAUCGUAGCAAACAAUUGCGUACCAAACGGCUCAAAGAGAUGGACAAAGAAACCCUACCGAUCAAUGUUUCCGUUUAUAAUAUUGUACUGAAAGGUUGGGCACUGAAAGGAAAGACUGGAAAAAUCAAAGAGUUGUUUGCAUUUAUGAAGUCAUCAAAUGUCGAACCGAACACCGAAUCGUUUGCCUAUUAUUUAUUGUCAUUGUCUCGACAGACGACAACAACGACAACUGUUACCAAAGAUGACAUAAUGGAAGUGAUAAACCAAUUGAAUAACUAUAGCUUAAGCUUAGGAUCACUGUUCGAGAGGUGUUGUCUUAGUGUCGAUGAAAAGAAAGCUAUUCACCGAUUGUUGAGUACUAUAAUUACGAAUCCAAAGCUAAAUAGUCUAAGUUUUGCCGAUCGAUAUUCGUGUAAAUUAGCCGAAGAAGUGGAUAAAAUUGAGCAAAAAUUUUAUAAUCCGUGCGAAGGCGUCGACUUGAGUUCACUGGAGUCAUCAGUCGAGCAACAGUUUGCACUGGAAAUUCAGGGCAAUGUUAUUAUCAAAUCGAUUGCCGCAGAGGACACGGAUGUCAGUGAAAAUACCAGAAAUUUUUUGAAAAAUCAAUGGAUGAAAACGGAAAACGAAUGGCGCGAAUCAUUGAAACAAUCAUUUGUUACACAAAUCAAAGGAUUUCAGUAUCAAUCAAACGAAAUCAAUGGUAUGACUUUGUAUCCGUAUUUAGUUGUUUUGGACACAAACUAUUAUAUCGAUGCCAUCAUCGAAGAGAUUAAACUCUGUGCCAAUAUGAGCGAAUACUAUAGUCCGCCGUUGGCCACACUGUUUGCCAAUGUCGGCAAACGGGUAAUGUUGCGCUAUUUAGUUAAGGCACACAUCCGAGAUGGUACGGCUCAAGACUUUCAACAAUUAUACAGCGACUAUAUCCGAUACUUUCAGAAUCCUCAGAUGACCACUGCGGACAAUCCGCGUCAGUAUUGGCAACAAUUGAUGCUUAAGAACGAACACUUUUACAAUGAAAACUCUCGGGACAAACAGUGGCCAUAUCAUGUACAGGUCGGUGUCGGCAAAUUUCUCUACGAUUUGAUUAUCAAAGAAGUCAAAAUCGAUGUCAACGUAAUGAAACCGAACUGUAAGUCACAGAGAAAAGUGGCCGCUUUCGGUAUUACCUACAAACCGAUUGGUAAUCUAAGAUAUCAGCGCGAAUUUCGUGCCCAUCCAGUGGUCAUCAAAUUGCACCGAAAAGCCUGUUUAGAUAAACUUGUAUUCGAUAUCAAUAUGUUGCCAAUGCUAUGUCCGCCGACACCGUGGAUUUCACCGAAAUUUGGCGGCUAUUUGCUCAAUAAAACCGAUUUUGUCCGAAUGCCCGAAACACAUCAAAAGUGGAUGUAUAACCGAUACGAUAGGCAAAAAUUGUAUCCAACUUUCGAUGCACUCAACUAUCUAUCGAUGUGUCCCUGGAUUCUCAAUAAUUCUGUUUUAGACGUCGCUAUUCACUAUUUCCGUAAUAAAGGCAAUAAGACUCUGGAAAUUCCUAAACCACUUUCAGAGUUUCCUAUUUUACCGAAAAUUGAUGUAUCGAUGGACAAAAGUGAUAAAAUUCAUGUCUAUCGACAACGAAAUCAAAUGAAACGAGAAAUGGCCGAAAUGUAUAGCUUGUGGUGUAAUUGUCUCUAUAAGCUCUCGAUUGCUAAUCAUUUUCGUAACAAAGUAUUCUGGUUUCCCAAUAAUAUGGACUUUCGCGGCCGAGUAUAUCCAGUUCCUCCUCAUUUCAAUCAUUUGGGCAACGACUUGACCCGAUCGCUGAUACUGUUUGCUAAGGGACAGCCACUCGGCGAUCGGGGACUCGAUUGGCUGAAAAUUCAUUUAAUCAAUUUGACCGGUGCUAAGAAACGGUCGUCGAUUAGUGAACGCCUGGCCUUUGCCAACGAAAUUAUGCCAUUGAUUAUGGAUUCAGCCGAUAAUCCCAUGGAAGGCUGCAAAUGGUGGCAACAAAGUGACGAGCCGUGGCAGACGCUGGCCUGUUGUAUGGAAAUUGCCAAAGCUGUCCGCAGUCCCGAUCCCAAACAAUACGUUUGUCAUUUUCCAGUACAUCAGGACGGAUCGUGUAACGGUCUCCAGCACUACGCGGCACUCGGUCGCGAUCAGGCUGGAGCCGAAUCGGUAAAUCUGCAUCCGGCCGACCGACCCAAAGAUGUCUACAGCGAUGUGGCCGCACUGGUCGAAAAGUCGCGUCUGAAAGACGCUGCCGAUGGACACGAAAUUGCCAAAUUGCUCGAUGGUUAUGUCAAUAGGAAAACGGUUAAACAAACAGUGAUGACCUAUGUAUACGGUGUUACCCGUUUUGGUGCCAAACUUCAGAUAUUCAAACGUCUGAAAGAAACGGAUAGUUUUCCGAAAGACAAGGCAUUCUCAGCGGCCGUCUAUUUGGCACAUAAGACCUUCCAGUCUAUAGGGGAAAUGUUUACCGAAACCCGUUCCAUACAGGACUGGUUUACCGACUGUGCCCGACAGAUAUCGAAAGUCUAUGAAAAACCGGUCGAAUGGGUUACACCGUUGGGAUUUCCAGUAGUCCAACCCUAUCAUAAAGCGAAGACAAAGUUUGGCGAAACAUUUCUUGGUAUAGGAAAUGAGACAACUUUGAAAUAUUUGAGUCGAUCCGAUGCCUUCCAAAAACCAAAUUCAUUGAAACAGAAGAAUGCAUUUCCGCCUAAUUUUAUCCAUUCGCUGGACUCGUCGCACAUGAUGUUGACAGCCAUGCAGUGUCAUCGCAAUGGUAUAACAUUUGCAUCGGUUCACGACUGUUUCUGGACACAUCCCAAUUGUGUGGAACUGAUGAACCGCUACUGUCGACAACAGUUCAUUGCCCUGCAUUCGGAACCGAUACUCGACGAACUGUCCCAGCAUUUUAUCAAUGUAUACGGUUCGUUGCCGACGGCGGCCACAAUGUCGGCUAAUGUGACCAAAAAUGAGUUGCAAAAAAUCCAGGAACUGAUGGCCAGAAAAAUGAAAAAAGGAGACUUUGUUUUGGAUAAUGUCUACAAUUCUAUCUAUUUUUUCAGUUAA